AGAAGUAAUACAAAAGUACCACUAAGGUGACGAUUUUAUCGAUGGCGUCCAUAUAAAAGAAGAUGCGUUAAAACUUGCCGCACAAGUCAAAAACAUUCACGCCGCACCGGGUUUCCUCAUCCGUAACUUGGUAUCCAACUCAUCUGCUGUUCUCAAGAAACUUUAGGGAGAUUCUGGCCAAAAUCAAACUCCCAAGGACAUGGCGCAUACGGAAAAAAUAUUAGGUUUGUUUUGGGAUGCAAAUAAUAAUAUUUUCAAGUUUAUUUGCAGAUUCUCCAAAAUGAGGCGAGACAUCUUGCAAGUUAGUUUGGUGCCGACAAAGAGAGAGACGAUCCAGGUCUUAAUUUCAAUCUUUGACCCCCUUGGUUUGUUGGCACCUUAUAGCAUAGGCUUGAAAAUACUACUACAGGAGAUAUGGCGCUCGUGCAUCACUGGAAUGACCCGCUCCCGAAUCAGCUAUACAAUCAGUGGUGUCAGUGGAAGACGUUGCUAUCAACAAUAACCUCCGUUAAGAUUCCACGAUGUUAUUCACCACUACUUCGAGCCUCUGAAUGUAAUCAACUCCACACGUUCGUGGAUGCUGGCGAGUACGCUUUCGCCAGUGGAGCACACUGAGUUGCGGCAUUGCACCUUGCAUAUAAUGAGAAGCGAGAAUGCACCUAUAAUCAAUGCUGAGAAUUUCUCUACCUGGCGCCGACUAUAUCGGGUGAUAGCGGUGGCUAAUGACAUCCUAAUUAAAGAAGCACAGCUGUGUGAAAACCAUCCAGAAAUUCUUACUCUCAGAUCCGGUAAGAGAAUUGAAAGUGACAGCAAACUAAUACCUUUAAAUGUUUACAUAAGUGACGAAAAUACGGGGAAGAGCCAAAAGCUUGAGUUUUGCCGCUUCCAUAAUUUUACCGAGAAACCAUCCAAUCACCUUUCUAAUAGUUCGACAUUAUCACGAACGAAAUUACCACAAAUUUCAUGAAGCGGUCCUAAACUCAAU